AUGGUCGAUAGUCCGAGAUCAUUUUCUCUUUUCAAGCUCCCCGAUAAAGCUCUGAAACAUGUUGCUCGCUGCUUGGAUCAUGUUGAAAUAUUGUGUCUAUCAAUUGUCACAAAAAGAACCAAACAACUCAUCAAAUCUUUAAAUAUUCCUAAUGGACGUUUUACUCUAGAAAUCUGUGAUGAUGUGAAUAUCGUUGUUCCAGUUUUACGACCACUUCAAGUCCGUUGGAACUAUGAUGAUAUUGACAGUCUGAGCAUCCACACUACCUUAGGAGAAGAUUUUCGAGACGUAAGACCUAGAAAACUCACAAAAGAAGGAUUCCACUUGGGAGACUGGAUUCGUCAUUUGCUCACUAUUUUCAACCAUGAGGAAGUUAAACGAAUGGUGCUGUAG